GACGUGAUAUGAAAACUGGGACGAGGACAUUCCGCUCGAUGGAAGCUGUAAGGAAAUAUUAGCAAAAUUCUUCUCGAGCGCAUUGCAAACUGUCAUCACGUGACGAGCGACGGUGGUGCUAAGGGUGGUUUUGGCAUGAGGAAAAAUAAUCAGAGUGACGACUGAAGAGGCAAACAAAAAAUCGAUUGCAUCCAGAACGAAUAGGAUGCUGUACGGUGUUGUUCAAAUGCCAUGUUGUACUGCAAUGUGGAAAGAUAGUUCUGCAACAGUUAGUUCUGCUUAUUUGAUUAAGCGCUGUUUGCUUUAGCUUUUUUAUUCCAAAAGGAUAAUGCAAAUUAGUCUUCCCCUUUUGGGGGUAUUGCAAGAUAACAGCGUCAUGGCGUUACUAAACAGACUCAUCUCGAAUGUCUAACGAUCUGCCAAGGUUAAACGACAAGAAUUCACUCGGAAAUAGAACUCCACAGACACGGGACGUGUUAAUUAUUUGUUCUUCUUCGAAACAGCACUAGCACCAGUUGGAUGAUAUAUGAUUCGAUUUAUGCACGUUUAAAUUCACGCUAAAAACAGCUUAUGUUAAAAACAAACAAAACAAACAAUGCGUGUCCGGUACCUACCUAGAGGUCAUACGAUCAGCAGCUGGGAGAAAAAAGUCCCGAACGUGACUCAACACGUUUUCGCAUCGCGGUUAAGCUUUGAUUACCGAAAACGCACCGAUCUGCUCACCCUUUAAGCCCGCAAGCUUAACCUACCCCCGCGAUAAAGUUCACCCUAAACAAAACUUGUUCUCCUAAACGUAUUCAAAGCAGUCCUCAGGUAAAAACAAAAACGCCGGAUUCCUAAACCCUUGCCUCUGAUCCCCUCGAUUACAGAAUCGAGACAUAGAACUCACACGUCACUAGCCUCACAGCGGCAAAUAGUGUGAAAGAAUCCACAAAACAAAACCAAAAAAUCACGUCAGCGUCUUUCGAUCGAAAAUAGUGGCCAGAAGAAGAUGAGGUUUGUUAUCACCGGAUUGGUGUCGACCGGAACAUUGGCUGUUUAGUGUGUGGGGCAGAAAGGAACGGUGCGCGCCAGUUCUGGUCGCUCCCCGUGAUGAGUGUCUCGUACGAUACGACCGAACCGUUGCCCUUCCGAUUGUGUGUAUUGACAUCGCUCAACCAUGGAGGAUGAAGCGCUCAACAAGGACGAGAAGCUGCGAAAGGAUUCGCUGAAAAGUGCAAAGGAUGAAGCGAAUAACGGAGGCGCUGGCGGCGACGGAAGCGGCGGUGGUGAUGGUGGCGACAUCGUGCUCAAGCCCAAAAUGACACUCGUCAACGGUAUCACCGUGAUCGUCGGUUCGAUUAUUGGAUCCGGCAUUUUCGUCUCGCCGACCGGUGUCCUCAUCAACACCGGCAGCGUCAACAUGUCGCUGAUCGUGUGGAUCAUUUCGGGCCUGUUUUCGAUGGUCGGUGCCUACUGUUAUGCCGAGCUGGGUACGAUGAUCAAAAAGUCCGGUGCCGAUUAUGCGUACAUUAUGGAAACGUUCGGUCCAUUCUUGGCCUUCAUCCGGCUCUGGAUCGAAUGUAUGAUAGUGCGACCCUGCUCGCAAGCAAUCGUUGCCCUCACAUUCAGCGUCUACGUGCUGAAACCGUUCUUCCCCGAAUGUCAACCACCAGAAGAUGCGGCCCGUCUCCUUGCCGUCUGCUGUAUCCUGGUGCUGACGUUCAUCAACUGUUGGGACGUAAAAUGGGCCACGGCCGUGCAGGAUAUCUUCACCUACGCCAAGCUGCUCGCUCUGUUCAUCAUCAUCGGUGCCGGUGCUUACUAUCUGUUCCGCGGCCACACGGAAUACUUCACGUUCGAUAACACCAAAACGGAGGUAACAUCGCUCGCAUUGUCCUUCUACUCGGGUUUGUUUGCCUACAAUGGUUGGAACUAUUUGAACUUCAUCAUCGAGGAGUUGAAGGACCCGGUAAAGAAUUUGCCCCGUGCCAUCGCAAUUUCCUGCACGCUGGUGACGGUUGUGUACGUGUUUACCAACGUGUCCUUCUAUACCAUCUUGUCGCCGGAAGAGGUGCUCGGUUCGGAAGCGGUAGCAGUCACAUUUGCCGAUCGGGUGUUUGGCAUGUUUGCGUGGACGAUACCGGUGUUUGUCGCCCUGUCAACGUUUGGAGCAGUGAAUGGCAUAUUGCUUACCUCAUCCCGACUGUUCUAUGCCGGUGCGUGCGAAGGUCAGAUGCCGGAAAUUCUUACCAUGAUCCAAAUACAGCGCCUCACACCGACUCCGGCCGUACUGAUAAUGGCCCUCCUGUCCAUGCUCUAUCUGACGGUGUCGGACAUAUUCGCACUAAUUAACUACGUCGGGUUUGCCACUUGGCUAAGCAUCGGUGCCGCCGUUCUGUGUCUUCCGUGGCUUCGGUGGAAGCAACCGAAACUGAACCGUCCUAUCAAGGUGAAUCUCAUCUUUCCCAUCCUGUAUCUCAUCGCCACCGUUUUCGUCACCGUUGUUCCCAUGAUUGCCAGUCCGGUGGAGACGGGUUACGGGUGUCUUAUGAUUCUUUCCAGCAUUCCUGUCUACUGCAUAUUUAUCGCGUGGAGAAACAAACCGAAAUGGUUCAACCGUACGAUGGUGGGUCUAACACGGUUCCUGCAGAAAAUGCUCAUGGUCGUAGGAAAGACCAAACCAGCUCAGGUUUAAACAAACACGCAUCAUAGUACGAACAGUUUAACCAUCCGUUUUCUUUGAACCCCGACCAAAAGAAACGCCACAUUCCAAGGAACGAGUGCAGCCGAGGUAGUAACGUGGGAGGAUUUAUAUGAUCCUUGAAUUUGUUUUAAAGUGUAUUAAUUUUAUACCACCCUUUCUGAAGGCUGUUAAAAUGUAAUUGUGUUUUGUUUUGUUUUUAUUAUUAUAUUACAAUUACAUUGUUUGACGUCAGUUUUAAAUUGGUUUCAUUAGCGAAACGACAUCGCGUGUCAUAAGUGAGAUUUAUAUACGGAAACAAAUGUUGCUAUAGUAAGCCAUACAGAGAAGCAUUCCCAUCCACAAUGUUUUGUUCGACAUGCGAAAUAUUUUUUUCCUGAGAUCUUCUAGGUGUUUAUAUGAGUCAAACAUACCAUUUACUAAAGAGAA